AUGGAUACGCUAUUCAACAGCACGGAGAAGAACCCUAGGGGUAUACCGAGUGCGCCCUUCCUGGAGGACAUCGGCGCGUUCAUGGCGAAGGAGAAGGAGUUCGAGCUCGUGUUCAGCAAGUUCCAGGAGCGGCUGUCCAAGUACAAGUUCAUGCUCGAGUCCAAGCAGGCCACCGUGAGGCAGCUGCACGUGCGCAUCCCCGACAUAGAGAACACGCUGCAAGUGUGCAGGCAGUUGAAGCAGUCCAAGGAGGACGGCGAGGAGAGCGCCUUGAAGUUCAACUACAAGCUGAACGAGACGCUGUUCACAAAAGCACAGGUAGACCUCACAAAGGACCUCAACGUCGGGCUGUGGCUCGGCGCAGACGUCAUGCUGGAGUACCCGAUAGACGAGGCCAUCGCGCUCCUGGAGAAGAAACUGGAGGACUCCCAGGACAGCUUGCGCAUCGCAAAGGAAGACGUGGAGUUUUUGAGAGAGAACAUCACCACAAUGGAGGUCAACUGCGCCAGACUUUACAACUGGGACGUAGAGCUGAGGAAAGCCACUAAGGCCACAGAAAAACUGGCGAUUUAA